AUGGAUUAAUAAAAUGAUGUCGUAACUUAGGGUUAAUCACAAGAAUUGAAUGAAUAACAGGAUGAGACUUCAACUCAAAAUGAGCCAAUAGAAUAACCUAUUGCUGAAAACCCCCCGAUAACUGAAACCAUUCCAAUGAUCGAUCCAUUAAUUGAUUAAAAUAAAGAUCAACCUACAAAUUAAGAUAAUAAAACAGAACAAUCAAAUGAUCCUCCUGCUUCAAAUCCAAUUUACACUUAUUCAAUUUUGGCAAAAGAGUUUAUUUUAUUCAGCCUUCCCUAUUUAUAUUUUAUAUUUGCUGCUCUUUAUAGGAUUUAUUAGCUUUAAAAACUACAAGCAGUUACACUACAAAGAUAAUCCAUACGAUCUCAAUUAAGUGAUGAGGAUAUGUAAUUAUUAAAUUAAUUUAAAUUAGUCCCAAAACCAAUCCUCCAUCUUUGAAUAUCAAAAUUAUCAUAUCAUAUUGGCUUUGUUUGGUAUGUACUGUAUCAAUGACAUUGGGAUUUUUUGGUCUAAUUAUGACAAUAUCACCAAAAUUAUACUUCAUUUGGUUGAUACCAAUUGUUGCUCAUAUUAUUUCUGUUAUUUUGCUAAAAUUAGAGUUUAAGGUUUAAGAAUAAUAGGCAACUUGGACUCAUAGAGUAAUAGUUUAUCAACUAUCAAAUAGAUAUUUUGGCCUUUAUAGACUGCAUUUUUGGUGGUCAGAACAACUUAAGAAUAUCAAACUCUUUUGAGUAGUGGAUUAAUAAUUUUGUAAUUGUUCCCAUCAUUGAUUUUAUUGAUAUAUGCCUUGUAUAGACCGAAUGAUCGAACAAGAAUACCAGAUGAUACACCAAAAUUUGCAAAAUAAUUGAUGAAAUAAUUAGAAGAAUUCAAAAUAUUUUAAUCAGAAAAUAAUUCAAAUAGAGAAUCUAUGUUAAACAGGACUAAAGCAAAGAAAGAAAAUACUACUAUAUCAAAAUAAUUAUCAUCAGCAUUUUCUGAUCUCAUAUAAAGCAAAAAUCAAAAUGAAUAAGAACAAUUCUUAAGAGAAAAAAUGCCAGAAAGGAGUGUGAGUGUAAGUAAAAAAGUAAUUAAACGUUUUGUUAAUGACAAUGAAAUUCUUUAUUCAUAUAUGAUUAUUACUAUAAUCGAAGGACAUACUUUUUAAUCAGAAAAGCGUUACCCUGAAUUUUUAAAUAUUGAGAGAGUACAAAUUGACCACUUUAAUAAAUACAAUGCAAGUUCGUUUAAAAUACACAGAAUAGAUCUAUAAUUGGGUGAAGAUGAAUUUUCUUAUGUUUUAAGAAGGAGAGAAUAUUUAGAACGAUGGUUAUAAGAAUAAUUAGCCAAUCCAACCUAUAUCACAAAAAAUUUACUUGACUUCUUAGGUGUAGACGAAGAAAUGCAACAACCAUUUUUAAUAUAUUAAUAAUUGAUCUCAAAGACUAAAUCUUAGAUAAGACCUAAAAGUUAUUAAAAAACUUAAGAAUAUGAAUUAUAAGCUAUCAGAGUAAAUUCUGAAGAAAAUUUGGUUGCUUUAGAUUAUUCUGAACUUCAAUUCUCUUCUAAUUGUGUCUAAUAUGAGUAUGGGAUGUAUGGAUCUAAUUCAAUAGAAUUUGUUAUCAACAUCAAAUACAAAGAAAAGUAAACAUAUAUAUAAAUAAUGUUAGAAGCACAGAACAUGUUUAUAGGAUCUUGAAAACACUUUCUUGUAUUAGAUAAUUUAGUGAGCAACUUGAAUUAUAAAGUGGUCGAGCAUUACCUCCAAAUUUGAAAGUUACAAAAUAAAUUUUAAAUCUAACAACAAAUGAAAAAAUAACCUUUGUAGAUGAAUUUUUUAGAGAAUUAUUAGGAAAUCAUGAAUACUUUUCAAGUGAAUUUUUUGAUUUUAUAGGAUUUGAUAUUAAUAAUAGAUGUCCAAAAGAUUAAAGUUGA